AUGGCCCUACUGAUCCUGCUGCUCCUGGGCCUCCUGGGGCUCUGGGGACUGCUCCAAGCCUGGGCCCGAGACCCCUCCCCAGCCCCCCGGUGGCCCCCGGGGCCUCGUCCGCUGCCGCUCAUCGGGAACCUGCACUUGCUGCGUCUGUCGCAACAGGACCGGUCCCUGAUGGAGCUCUCAGAACGCUAUGGGCCGGUGUUCACCGUGCACCUGGGGCGCCAGAAGACUGUGGUACUGACGGGGUUUGAGGCAGUCAAGGAGGCGCUGGCAGGCCCUGGGCAGGAGCUGGCCGACCGGCCUCCCAUCGCCAUCUUCCAGCUCAUCCAGCGAGGUGGAGGCAUCUUCUUCUCUUCCGGGGCACGCUGGAGGGCUGCUCGCCACUUCACCGUGCGUGCUCUGCACAGUCUGGGCAUGGGCCGGGAGCUGAUGGCUGACAAGAUUCUGCAGGAGCUGAAAUGCCUCUCAGAGCAGCUGGAUGGCUACGAAGGCCGGCCCUUCCCACUGGCCCUGCUGGGCUGGGCUCCCUCCAACAUCACCUUUAUGCUCCUCUUUGGCCGCCGGUUUGACUACCGGGACCCCGUGUUCGUGUCCCUCCUGGGUCUCAUCGAUGAGGUCAUGGUCCUCUUGGGGUCCCCCGGCCUGCAGCUCUUCAACAUCUACCCCUGGCUUGGGGCCCUGCUCCAGCUGCACCGGCCCGUCCUACGCAAGAUAGAGGAGGUCCAAGCCAUUCUGAGGACCCUCCUGGAGGCACGGCGGCCCCACAUGCGCCGGGGGGACCCUGUUCGCAGCUAUGUGGACGCCCUGAUCCAGCAGGGACAGGGGGAUGACCCCAAGGGCCUGUUUGCUGAGCCCAACGCGGUGGCCUGCAUCCUGGACAUGGUCAUGGCCGGGACGGAGACGACCUCGGCCACACUGCAGUGGGCUGCACUUCUGAUGGGCCGGCACCUGGAUGUGCAGGGCCGGGUGCAGGAGGAGCUGGACCGUGUGCUGGGCCCUGGGCGGCCUCCCCGGCUGGAGGACCAGCAGGAGCUGCCCUACACCAGCGCCGUGCUCCACGAGGUCCAGCGCUUCAUCACGCUCCUGCCGCAUGUGCCCCGCUGCACCACUGUUGACACGAAGCUGGGCAGCUUCCUGCUCCCCAAGCAGGGCACACCCGUGAUUCCCCUGCUGACCUCGGUGCUCCUGGAUGAGACACAGUGGCAGACCCCGGGCCAGUUUAACCCAGGCCAUUUUCUGGAUGCAGACGGGCACUUUGUGAAGCGGGAGGCCUUCCUGCCGUUCUCUGCAGGCCGCCGUGUCUGUGUUGGGGAACGCCUGGCCAGAACCGAGCUCUUCCUGCUGUUUGCUGGCCUCCUGCAGAGGUACCGCCUGCUGCCCCCGCCUGGAGUCAGUCCGGCUUCCCUGGACACCACGCCUGCCCGGGCUUUUACCAUGCGGCCGCAGGCCCAGACCCUGUGUGCGGUGUCCAGGCCCUAAGGGUUCCCCCAGCCCCCAGGUUCUCCCACCCACUCCCCUCCCUGCCCCUGAAUCCUCCCACCACUCCCCUCCCAGCCCCUGAGUCCUCCCACCACUCCCCUCCCAGCCCCUGAGUCCUCCCACCACUCCCCUCCCAGCCCCUGAGUCCUCCCAUUACUCCCCUCUCAGCCCCUGAGUCCUCUUGCUCACUCCCCUCUUAGCCCCCAGCUAAGACUGCUCUGGGGUUGCCCUGAGGACUCCCACUCCCACCCCCACAAGGUCAGCAGCUGCCUCCAGCUACACCCAGGCCUCCCCCUGCCCGACCCUGUGGGACCCCCAUCCCUCUGGUGCUGCUGUGGCUCAGUCCCUGCCAGCCCCCAGGAGCGACUCCGGGCCUUGCCUGCUGUGCCCUCACCUACCCAGCUCUCCCCAGGGCCCCUCAGCUCCUCCCCAGCACCUGCAGCUGGGGCUGCAGGGAGACAGCGGGUGGCCUCAUUCAGCCAGAAAUGGCACAGAUGGGUGUCCUCAGCAUGUGAGCCCUGCACCCGCCAGGUCCUGGGGCUCCUGCAGACCCCCCUCCGGUCCUGCUCCUGGGUGGCUGUGCCUGGAGGGAGUUGGCCUGCAGUGCCGGGAUCUGAGGCAAGCCACUGGGGCCACCGUUGGCUUGCCUUGGUCCUCCAGGAGCCUGACGGGAGCAGGGAAGUGAAGCCCAUAUUCUCCUUCAGAGACAGGCACUGGGAGCUGGAGGCUCCUGGGUCAGCCCAUUUCCUGGGGACCUGAGCAGACCUAUCCACCCUGGGCUCAGUUUUCCCCUCCAUGAAGUGGGUGAUGGUGACCCUGGGACCAGCAGACUUUGCCAGGAAGGUGUAGGGUGCUGAGGCAUCGCAGACUGAGUGCUGUCCAUCAAGGGUCUGGCUGGGACCAGCAGCAUCCCAGGAAGGAUGGAGGUCACUGUGGAGGGAAGGACGCAGGGGCAGCCCCUGACCCCAGGAGGGUCACUAUGUGCUAAGCGCUCCCAGGCAGGGGCCACAGGAGGGACGUGGUGGACAGAGAUGCCCCAGGCAGGUCCUUCAGCACCCGAGCUCAGGGGACCCACUUGGCCCCUCCACACCCUGGCCCCGGGGAAGCCACGGAGUCCCUUUAGUGGCAUCCAGGCUGGCUGUGGGACAGCCCCCACCCAAAGGCAAGAUCCACCUCUGCUCGGGGGCUUCACCAACUCCAACCUCUGUGGGCUCUUGUGUAUCCGAAAUUCAUACUGAAUGAGGUCCUGUCUUGUGUCUGGAAACGCGGUGAAUGGGCCUCUGUUCAGGCUGUGGGCCCCGGGAUGCCUCAGCAGGCUGUGCCCAGCCGGCUGGGGUCAACCAUCUGGCUGGCAGGCGGUUCUGGGCCGGCCUCGGGAUGUCCAGUCUGUCGGCAUAGAGGUUCCUGUUGCAAAGCUCGCCAUCAGGAUGGAGGGGCUGGCAGGGGGAGCGUGGAGCUUCCUGAAGGAGGGGACGCCUCAGCCCCAUGAAGACGAGCAGCACUGGAGAGGCACAAAUGAGAACGCUGAGCUGCACAGUGUCACGUGUGCUGGUGGUCACACCGCUGGCCAGCAGUGUGAUGGGAUGCCUGGCAUCUGAGAUGACUCUGGCCUGGGUCCCAGUGCUGGGCAUGCACGAAAGCUGCAGGUGGCCCCUCAAGGAGAAAAGAGGAUGAGCUGAGUACGUUCCCACCUGCACCAUGUGGAGUGGCACCCCGAGGCCAGGACACGGUGGCUGGGACACAGACGGAGGCAGGUCUCAUGCUCCUGGGUGGGGCCACAGGGUCCCUAAGUCAUGGGAGGAAUACAAGAAGGGGACAGAGGGAGUGGGGGCUCAGCUGCUUCUGUCUGCUCACGUUUUUCUGGGGAAGAGCAGGGACCACGUGCUCUUCUCCUCUCAGACAUUUGAAAUACGAUGCUAAAAACUUGAAGGGCAGAGAAAACAGGGUCCCGGUGCCAGGUGGGUCCCUGUUCAGCGUGACUCCAUCCUGAUGAGCCCCUCCGGAGCCUCAGGUUGCAGAACCAUUCCAGGGCGGGGCUGUGGAAAGUCAGACCCAGCUGUUGCCAGGUGGAGGAGUCAGGCUCAGCCCUCCCCCAACCUCCGCAGGAGAUGCUCAUGCCCCCGCCUUGCAGUGGCCUGGGGUAUUCAUCCCUGAGGGUGGGGGCCCAGGGGAGCCCAAGGCCCACAUGGGGAGGAAACACUGACUCCUUCCCGCCCCACUUCAUGGAGGCCCAGCUGACGUGAGGGACAGCAGUGCAGGGUGAAGAGUGACAGCUGAGCUUCAUGCUGAGCCUGACUCACACGACCUCUUACCCCAUCUCACCCAGGUAGAAACAAGCCAGUGGGAUCACAGGGCUCCUUCCAUGGGGUACAGCCAGGACCCCCAAGUCCAAAUGCCUCAUCCUCAAGGGUAAAAAGGCUUAACUUCGUGAAAACAGAGUGAGCAGGUGUCAGAUCUCAUUCAACUCCUGCCCAUGGGCAUGGGCAGGGGUAUGGGGUGGGUGGGAGGGAAGGGGAGGCCAAGUGAGACCCAAACCCCAGAGGUACCACCUUCUCGACCAGCCAGACCUGGGUACUCCCGUUUUUUGCAGCUGCACACAGGUUGCCAGCUGGGGGCACAGGCACAUCCUGGGGGCUUGCCGGAGAACACUGGGGCAGGACACUCUCUAUGCCUCAUUUGCAAGUGGUUCUUUUUGGUUGGUAUUUUUAAAAACUGUCAUAAAAUACACGUAGAGAAAAUUCA